AAGGCUCUCUGCAGAGUGCCAGCCAAGGUUUUGGCCUCUGUGAUACACGUGUGCGAUGCUGGUGCCCAACAGGGAUGGCAGGGCUCUGCCCACAGGAUGAAACAGCUGCUACCUCCAAAUAGGGAAUUUGUUCUGGAAAGGCAGUGGGCUGUGGAAGAUGGACUUACCAGCUAUCCUGCCUUCAGAGCACUGACCCCUUCGCUCAGAGCUUAAUCUCUCCACUGACAUUUAGACCGCGCUCCCUCUCCCUGACAAUAAUUUGCACUCGUAAGUCGAGUGCCUGGGGAGCACAGUGCUGGGUGGGAGCUGGACACUGCCUGUCUGCACACCAGGAGCAGCCCUGGCUAUCCCACAUCCCCACAGGGUCCCCACAUCCCCACAGGGUCCCCACUGGCCCAUUCUGUAAGCUGGAAGGAGCUUAAGCAGGGCAGAGAACCCCUCUUAUGAGGGCAGUGGGAUCAGGUGCUGCUGCAGCUGCUGCCUCCUAUCGCUGAGCCCAAAGCCUAAGGCCCAAGCACAGCUGGUGCAGGGAGCUGCAGGGAUUGCUGCUUUUUUUUUUUUUUUGCAGAGACAUGCUUGCUUCUAUCCUAAAAAUACUCAUGCAUUGUGCACAGAUGAUACCCAGAAACAGAAUAAGAAAAUACUUGGAAGAACUGUGGUGGGUGCUUGGCUUUCUCAGGGUGUGCAGGAGUUGGGCAUGAGAAGAGCAAGAGUGGUGAUGCUGGGGUGAUCAUUGGACUGGAUGAUCUUGGUGGUCUUUUCCAACCGUAAUCAUUCUUUGAGUCCAAGAACACAAACGAAACCCACGUUCAGGUUCAGCCUGACUCCAGCUGGGCUCCAGGGCUCUUGUCUGGGUACCUCCCAAAGCAGCCCUGGUACUGUUUAAUUCUGGGCAUAAUCUGCUUGAUUUGUGUCUGAAGCAAGAUUACACCAGACCCUAGCAAAAAAUGUAUAUAUAUAUCUAUAUAGCAGUGAAGAGGGAGCACAGUAUUUACAAUAUAACAUGAAGAGUUGGAAAACAUACCCUCAGUGCCUUCGUGCAGGCUACACAGCCUGUGUUUACACAUCACAGCAAUGUUUGUAAAGCCCCAAACACUCAGCUUUGCGUUUUGCAUAGACUGUGUAUCCACUUUUUAACUAUCCGUCCCACAACACUCAGACAUGUCAUUUCCAUGUCUGGAUGAGUCUGUCGCUGCUGGCCCAAUUAAAAACAAUCUUGCACACAUCUUUCAUUACAAAGAUGAAAUUCAGGAGAAGUGGUUCGUUAUGUUCUGGUCCCAAACCCUCAUGACUGCUGUUCCCAUGUGCACAGUGCUCAGCGUGGGGAGCUCGCAACCUGCAGAUACAGAGCAGAGAGAAAGACAAGCUGCCCCAAACGCACCCAAGCGCUCUGCAGCAUUCAAACUAACACAUUUAUCUCCGGUUGUGGUUUGUUUUGCUUUACUUACCAGUGAUGCAAUCUUACCUGAUAUCUUAAAACCAAACUCCAACAACAUCCGUCAUUCCUGCUCUUAAAUUUUGUGCUCAGCAACCACCAGUUCAGCCCCACUGAGCCACUGCACCCCCCUUGGCAGCACGGGCAGGGUGAAUGCGCUGCUGCUUCAGUGAGACCUCAACUGUUCUUUGUUUUCCAAUGCCCUUUAGCUCUGAAGUUCAGUAAGAGACAGACCGGGUUAUUAUUGCUCCUUACAGAGGGGUUCAUGCACAGUGAUAACACACCCGACUUGUCUCAACAGCACUGCCCUAGCUGCGAUUUAAUCAUUAACUCUGAUGGGCACUGCAGAACAAGCACAGGUUGUUGUUUCCAUUUAUUCACAACAGCUCUGACAUCACCUUCACAGCUGUACGUUGGGAGAACACACACUGGGGGCCCAGUGUGAUACCCAUCCAUGCUGCGUUAAAGCAAGCAUAGCUCAAAAGAGCAAAUUCUGUAAAUUAUCUGAGAGCCCAUGCUUGUUUAGCAAGAGGAGAAGCCAUUGCUGCCCCCAUGCAGUCACCGCCACUCUGCCAUAGCCGUGCCCCUUGCUUUGUGAAUGAUGCUGAGAAAAUGUCCCUUCUUUCUUCCUGUGCUGCUCUAUUUCUCUGCUUCUUCAUCUCAAGGAGGUGGGGAGUUCAGGUGCCCCUGCUUGACAAGCUGGGGUCAGCCUGGCGCACCUGAGGACCUCAUACCCCACGUGAGCAAGGGAGUAGCUCGCUGCUAUCACUGCUUGUUACUAACCCUUCAAAUCACCUCUGUCAAAAGCAAUCAGCCUCCACCCAAAGCAUCUUGCCACCCCGCUGCUCGUCAGAGUGACUCAGGACGUGUUACCCGGCCCAACUGGCUGCUCUAGGGAGAGCUCAUCUGACAGCAACACUGCUGCCUUUGGUCUCGCCCUGCUGCAGCUGGAGCUUGCUCCUAAUGCAGGCACAGCUGCAGCAGCUGGAGCGUCGUGUGGGAACAGUGGGGACAUGUUCCCGGUCCCUAUUCAUGGGGCUGUCAUUCUGCUGCAGCUUUGUGUACCAGAAGUCCUUCUCCCUACCUUCUGUAAGGAGCCCAUGGGAUGCCAGGCUCUCCUGGUGGCAGGUCACCAGGUUUUGUCACCCGUGCAAUGACCCCACCAGCAAGGUGACAGCAUGCAAUGCACCAGCAUGAGCAUCCUGGUGAUGGGGAAGGGAGAAUCCGGCACAGACAUCCCAUGAGUGCUCAUUCUUCUGGUGCCUGCGCUGAGCCGCUCCCAUGCUGAACCAGAAAGUGAGCAAACAGAGCAGCCUUAACCCCUCCUGCCCGGCCGGGCUCCGCUCGCACGCUUCCUUCCCUUGCAGAUACAUACGUUGCCCUUCCCUUUCCCACCAGCCGGAUGCUGAGCAGUGAGUGCUGCCCCUUUCUAGAGGGAAGCAAACACAGAAGCAGAGCCGGGCCCCACCCUUUACCUGGAAGAGUCGGGAAUUUGCAUCCAAACAACCAGAAAAAGACAGAAUACUACUCUCCAGAAGAGUCCUUUUCCCAGCUGUCACCUGCAACCUGCAAGACUCCCCACCAGGGCUCUCCAGCCCCUUCCUGCUGCCUGCCCUCAGCUCGCGGUGACAGCUCCGCGGCAGCGACACGCGGUGGCAGUGCACGACACGCGGUGGCGAUGAAUGAACCCGGGGGGGGGCAGUGCCCUCCACCCGCAUCCAGCCCAGAGCAGCAGCCAUGGGUGGGGGCACGGCCCCGCUACCAUGGUACGGGGCGUCAGCUGUCUCCGCACUGAGGUCACGGGGGUAGCGAAGGAACAGUUGGGAACCAGUCAGGGAAAGGCAAGAGAAAGCAAAAUCUGAGGGACUUAACCCAGUGCCACAGUUAAAAUGAAUUAUUAACAACGGUGUGGAAGCAGGGAGGCUUUGUCUUAUCGACGGCAAUAAAACAAUGAUGAGAGCAACCUUUGAGCACGCAGAGUGCUUCCUGGACUGGGGCACCAAUGGGCUCAGACCCUUGGAUGCACCCCCUGAGCCGAGGUCCCUGCUUGCCUUCAGGUGUCACCUCUUACCCCAGUGACAGCCCAUGGGGUCCUGGUUGGGCACGGAGCGAUCCCAGCUGUCAUCCAGGUCCCUCUGAGCCCGGGAUGUGGCUUCCCGCAGGGCAAGGACAAGGACAAGGAGCCUGGUCCUCACCUGCAGCACGGAGGUGUUUCUCACCCUCAGUUUUAUGUGCCGCAUUUUAUUGCGAUCCGAUUGUUUUGCUUCCAAUGUAGUUAAAAAGAAAUUAAUGUCCUUAGGGAGACUGAUAUCAUUGAAGCUGAAUCAUUAUUGGGAGCUGGUUAUUGCACAGGUUUGGUACUAAACAACGAAAUGACUGCAAUAUAAGCGAUCACAUAAUGAUAAAGGAAGGAAAACUGAUUGAUUGAGAUACACCUUCAUCCAGGGAGAAUCCAAAGUGCUUCAAAAAGCACGAGCCGAGGCUUCAAAGCAUACCUGUGCCCCAGAAGUGUGAGGGCUGGACCUUUGCACCCUAACAUGCUGCGUGGGACGGAACAAAGCUUUCCAAUAAGUCACAUCUAUCAGCUUUGCCGUGAGCACCGAACCACCCGCUGCUCUCACACAGAGCGUGAUAUCCUGCAAAGCCUGUGGGUAUGCGGAGGGCAGGACCAGCCCGGGGCGUUUCCAGCACUGCCGCACAUUGACUGCUUCAAUCCAUCAUCUUUAUAUGAAGGGAAAACAGAGCAAAGUCCCCCGCAACAUCACAACUGUUGCUAUGCACACUUCUGCCUUUCCCGAAGCAAUGCAACCCACCAACCAGCAAACUUUACGCGUGCAGCGGUUAAAAUGCAGCAUAAUUAAAUGUAGAGAGAAAUUAAGCACGACGAAAUGACGAGUUACUGAGAGAGCAUAAAGAUAUUCUCAAGUAAAGUCCACGUGCCUCAGUGACAUGCUGCCUCGAUUUCUCAACUUUGAUCUCCUUAGCUGAUUGGCAAUUUGGUUUAAUCAGGCCGUGUUGCAAUGAUCUGAUCUAAUUUCCCUCAAUUAACGUGAUUAUAGCUACCUGGAAAUCACAGCACGGCGGUGCAGCCUUUAACACUGUAGAGCUGGGCUCGUUGCAGUGAGAAAUCUUAACAAACGUUGAGGCAGCAAACAGUCUUUUGUGCUGGAAUCUUUAAGAGGAUGGUGGCAAAGGACAAGCAUUCAGGGUGGUUCAGACUGCAGAAGUGGAGUGAAACACACGCAACGUUCGUUCUUGAUGUUGAGUUCUGCCUAAAGGCCAUUCCCAGCAGAGAGCAUUUCAAUGCUAGUAACUAGAAACCAUUCCUUUGUGUUACAACUUCACAUGUUGUCUGAAGCACUGGGGAAUUCCUCUCAAACCGUGCAGUUUCUGCUCCUGGCUUCUUCAUUGGUUUCCUUUCCAUGUCACCCACAUCAUUAAGUGGCUGAAAAAGAGCAUUCUAGCUUCCAUAUUCGGUGCAUUACUGUCAUUUCUACUAUUUCCAUCAGUAUUUUGGCCGUCUCCAAUUUGCUCAGCAAGGCACGGCUGAACUUCAAUACAGCAAAACUGUUAUUAACUCCAGACAUCAUUAUAUUAAAAAAGAACUGAACAUCAAGAGCUGAGCAGAGACCCGCAGAGCUGCAGAUCAGAAGCAGAAGCAUCCUAACCUAAGGGACACCAGCAAAAGCCAGUAUCCAAAAUGAGAUUCGGAAGUUUGCCAAGUGAACAUUCGAGAAGAGCAGACAUGGAGGUUCUCCUCCUCUUUGUGGCUUUGCUGCAAGAGCCAGCCUUGAGCUCCUUGUAUGGGCCCAGGUUUUUGACAGGUGCAGUCGGAGGGUCUGUCACCCACCAGUGCUUCUACUCCAUCACACUUGCCAACAAGCAUGACAGAAAGUUCUGGUGUAAAAGGGCUGGAGAUGGGAUUUGCUACACCAUCAUCUCCACCACCGGCUUCAUCUCGAAAGACCACAUGGGCCGAGUGUCCCUGGAGGAUGUCCCCCAGUAUGGCACCUUCAUGGUGACAAUGACGCAGCUGGAGAUGAAUGACACAGGGACCUACCGCUGUGGCAUUGGCCCCACCAACAGGGACCUCUACGUCAGCCUAAACCUGACUGUGUCAGCAGAUGUGGGCAUGCUGAGGCCAGUUGAGCUGCUCCUCGGGGAGCUCCGUGGCUCCGUCACCAUCCCCUGCCCACCUGGGGACAGCCAGGGUGGCACCAGGAGGCUGUGGUGCAGAGUGGGGAGAAGCAGCUGCAUCCUUAUUGCCGACACCGAUGGCUACGUGGGGAAGACCUACGAGGGACGGAUCUAUAUUACCCCCCAGGAGAGCUCUGGAGCAUUCAAAGUGCUGAUAAAUGAUUUAAGGCCAGAAGACGCAGGGCUGUACAAGUGUGGGAUGGGCAGCCUGGCUGACUGGGUCCGCUGGCAGAUGGUGGCCCUGCAGGUGACCACAGCCCCUGCCCAGCCCCGGAGAACGAAGGUUGUGCAUGGCAGGAUAGGGGGCUCGCUGUCCCUCAGGUGCCACCACGACCCCACGGGCAGCUACACCACCAAGUACCUGUGCAGGUGGCAGGAGGCCAGCUGCUCCCUGCUGGUGGACACAGACGGGUUCGUGCAUGAGUCCUACAAGGGGCGCAUAUGGAUCUCCAGCAGCGAGCAGAGCAAUGGGACCUACACCGUGGUGAUGAGCCACCUGCGAGAGGAGGAUGCGGGGUGGUACUGGUGUGGGGCCAGGAAUGGGCACACAGAGCACACGACAUCCGUGAAACUGCGCAUUGAGAAGGAGAUCUUCACUUCACAAAACCCAGAAACGCACAAUUCUGUGAACCCCACUUUGCCAUUGAGCUCAGCUUCCAACAGUGUGGUGGCACAGAGGAGCACUAUGGGGCCAACAGACACCACGGGGCCAACAGACAACAUGAGGCCAGCAGAUACCAUGAGGCCAACAGACACCAUGGGGCCAACAGACACCAUGGGGCCUAUCUACGCCACAGGGCCAAUGUACACCAUGGGGCUGACACACACCAUGGGCACCAGCACUGAGGGCACCAGCACAGAGGGCACCAGCCCCCACCCGCCACUUCUCCCCCCUGGCACCUUUGUGACCUCCCGCAGUGACACCUACAGUGAGAGCUCAUUGGGUGAAUCCUCUCUGCUCCCCGUUGUGAUACCAUCUCUGGUUUUGCUGAUUUUCGUCAUUGCCACAGUUCUUGUCCUUACCAAAAUAAAGCUUCAGAAGGAGAUGGGAGAGGAAGGAAGCACCUUGGGACAGACAGAAGCCGUGCUGGUGCAGAGUGGACUGAGCCCCACAGACGGGCAAGGGAUGGAGGAACUCAGCAGCCUACACAACGCCAACGGAUGCAAGGCAGAGUUGGGCAGAUGUCGGAUAAUACGUGCUCUCCUUGGAAGUUUCGGGCAGACCAGCUUGUGUGAAUCCUUCGGUGGAAAAAAUUCUUUCCAACAUGAAUGAUGAGGACUUGAGGAAACUCAGGCAGAACCCCCUUCUCUCAGAGCACGAUGUACAUAAGCUCAGAAGCUUCUUGACUGUAAGGCAAGACACAGCUAUAACUUCCAAGCAUGCAGCAGCACUUCUUCCUUGCUCCCCAUUCUGCAGCCAAAUGCCACUUCCUGUGUGGUUUGUAGAGAACAAAACAAGGCAACUAGCCACGCUGUUCUUGUAUGCGGCCCUGACUGUCUCCUGUAGUACAGAGCACCCCGAUGGGGAGCUGGGCACGGAAAGGAAGGACCCUCAGAGCAGCAGGUCUGACUUGUGGAAAUCAUCAUCCUUAGGGAUUUGUUUUGCAAAGCACAAGCCAUGUUGGACUUCAGUCCAAGCACACAAAAGAUUUCAGCCCAGCAGCAACCCAGACUACGUGCCAUGCUUCAACCUGGGGGAAAAAAAAAAGCAAAGCAAGGGUUGUUUGUGUUCUGGAGAUGCCAAAGUGCUUUGGCACCUGUGACUUGGCAGGACGACGCUUCCUUGUCUGUUAAAGCAAAUAUAUUUGCGUAAUUCCAUCUUGUUCAGAGACAAAGGAUUGGUUUUACCAGAAGCUUCAAGGGCGAAGAUAGAGCCUUGGAUAAAGAAACUGUUAGUCCACCAAGGGCUGCCUCUUGUCCAAGGUGCCCGAGUGGCUGCAGGUCCCCGUCAACUGCUUUCAGCUGGGGUUCCUCUGCCCACAUCUGUGCCACCAUUCCCAGCUCCUUCCAAGCACAUCUCUGUGCAUGCCAGCAGCCAGGCAGGUGGAGGGGAAGGCAACGCACGGGCACCCAAAAAGGAAAGGUUCUCCUGAGAACAGAAGGUGUACAGAAAGCAAACACACCUGUGUUUAUCAUGGCCAAGUGCAAACCCCAGCGCUGCUGUCCUGCUCCAGCUCCUCAACUUUCCCUAUAAGCAGGUGAGAAUGUCUUCAUGUGGCCCUGAAUUGAACAAAAUUGUUGCCUUUGCAUCAUCAGAACAAAGUAAAGCAAAUUUGUAACUCAUCCCAU